CUGAGAAAGAAAAAAAACUUAAAAAAGAACGGGAAGGAAAUGUUCGAUAGCACAUCAGAGCAAAGUCGUCAGAGAUCUCCGUUUUGCACAAUUGCAGAAGCACCAAGACAAUUCCAUUUAUUGGAGCCUCCAACGCUAGACCGCUCAUAAAUCCGCGCUUAGCAUCAACCAUCUUUCAAAUCUGAACCCGCCUCGCUACAAACGUGCUGCUUAUUCCUGUUUGGUUACUCAGAAAACAAGAAAGGAAAAGGAAGAGGAAAGGUGCAUGGUUGUUAGCGAGGAAGAAGUUUUUGUAGCUCGAUGUCGUUGACGUGCGUUCAGUGAACGCACAUUCGUCAAAAAGAAAAUUCACAUGGAAUCUGAGCUCUCCAGAGAUUUAAGCUAAAUCUGAAGCGCUUCUCCAAUCUUCGCUACUUUCUGUGAAUCUGUUUCUCUUUGUUAUUUCCACUGUUCUAGCUACCAGAAGAGGAGAAGAUGCUGCGGCUGAAAGCCUUCCGGCCUUCCACUGACAAAAUCGUUAAGAUCCAGUUGCAUCCGACGCAUCCAUGGAUGGUAACCGCCGAUGAUUCAGAUCGAGUCUCCGUUUGGAAUUGGGAACACCGUCAGGUGAUAUAUGAGCUGAAAGCUGGUGGAGUGGAUGAGCGACGUUUGGUCGGCGCAAAAUUGGAGAAGCUUGCAGAGGGAGAGACAGAGUCUAAAGGGAAACCUACAGAAGCCAUUCGAGGAGGAAGUGUUAAGCAGGUGAAUUUUUAUGAUGACGAUGUACGCUUUUGGCAACUUUGGCAUAAUCGAUCGGCAGCUGCAGAGGCGCCUACAGCUGUCCAUCAUCUCAGUUCAGCUUUAAGUUCUCCUGCCCCAACUACAAAAGGAAGGCAUUUUCUUGUCAUAUGUUGUUUAAACAAAGCUAUUUUUUUGGACUUGGUGACAAUGCGUGGUCGUGAUGUACCGAAGCAAGAGCUUGAUAACAAGUCACUUCUCUGCAUGGAGUUCCUUUAUAGAUCUGGUGUUGGUGAUGGUCCUCUUGUUGCUUUUGGUGCAUCUGAUGGUGUCAUUAGAGUUCUCUCAAUGAUCACAUGGAAGCUUGUGCGGAGGUACACUGGUGGUCAUAAAGGAUCAAUCUCUUGCUUAAUGUCCUUCAUGGCUGCUUCUGGUGAGGCUCUUUUGGUCUCAGGAGCCAGUGAUGGAUUGCUCAUAAUUUGGAGUGCUGACCAAGGGCCAGAUUCACGGGAACUUGUGCCCAAGCUGAGCUUAAAAGCACAUGAUGGUGGGGUUGUUGCUGUUGAGCUGUCUAGGGUGAUGGGAGGUGCUCCUCAGCUAAUUACAAUUGGUGUGGAUAAGACAUUAGCUAUAUGGGACACAGUCUCCUUUAAGGAGCUGCGGCGCAUAAAGCCAGUCCCAAAGUUGGCUUGCCACAGCGUGGCUUCAUGGUGUCAUCCCCGAGCUCCAAACCUUGAUAUUCUAACCUGUGCUAAAGAUUCUCACAUAUGGGCAAUUGAACAUCCCACUUAUUCUGCUCUCACAAGGCCAUUGUGCGAAUUGUCCACAGUUAUUCCUCCACAAGUUCUUGCUCCUAAUAAGAAACUGAGGGUGUAUUGUAUGGUUGCACACACCUUGCAGCCACAUCUUGUUGCUACUGGAACCAAUAUUGGUGUUAUUAUCUGCGAGUUUGACCCUAGAUCUCUUCCACCUGUAGCUCCGCUACCAACCCCAUCAGACAGCAGAGAACAUUCUGCUGUAUUUGUAGUUGAAAGGGAACUAAAGCUAUUAAAUUUCCAGUUAAACAACUCAGCAAAUCCAUCUCUUGGAAAUAAUAGCUCCUUGUCAGAAACUGGAAGAUCAAAGGGAGAUUUUUUUGAACCAUUGCCUGUCAAGCAGGGGAAGAAGCACAUUAGUACACCUGUUCCACAUGAUUCAUACUCUGUGCUUUCUGUGAGCAGUUCAGGGAAGUAUGUUGCAAUUGUUUGGCCAGAUAUUCCUUACUUCUCUGUAUACAUGGCUAGUGAUUGGUCAAUUGUUGACUCUGGAACUGCAAGGCUUCUUGCUUGGGAUACAUGCCGUGACAGAUUUGCUAUAUUGGAAUCAGCAAUUCCCCCAAGACUUCCUGUUCUUCCCAAGGGUAGUUCAUCAAAAAGAGCAAGAGAGGCAGCUGCAGCACAAGCAGCAGCUGCUGCUGCCGCAGCAGCUUCCUCAGCUUCUGUUCAAGUCCGCAUCUUAUUAGAUGAUGGAACAUCAAAUAUACUAAUGAGAUCUGUUGGUACACGCAGUGAACCGGUGAUUGGUUUGCAUGGAGGGGCACUGCUUGGAGUUGCCUAUCGGUCAUCUAGGAGAGUCAGUCCUAUUGCCGCCACAGCUAUUUCAACAAUCCAGUCUAUGCCUUUAUCUGGUUAUGGAAGUAGUGGUGUUUCUUCAUUUUCUACUUAUGAUGAUGGAUUUUCUUCAUACAGAUCUCCAGCUGAGGCAGCACCUCAAAACUUCCAGCUAUACAGUUGGGAGACAUUCCAGCCUGUGGGCGGUUUACUUCCCCAGCCAGAAUGGACUGCUUGGGACCAAACUGUUGAAUACUGUGCAUUUGCAUAUCAGCAAUACAUAGUCAUCUCUUGUUUGCGCCCUCAAUAUAGAUACCUGGGAGAUGUUGCAAUCCCAUAUGCUACUGGUGGCGUUUGGCACCGCAGACAAUUGUUUGUGGCUACACCAACUACUAUAGAAGUUGUGUUUGUAGAUGCUGGGGUUGCACAAAUUGACAUUGAAACAAAGAAGAUGAAGGAAGAGCAGAAAAUGAAAGAAGCACAGGCAAGAGCAGUAGCUGAGCAUGGAGAGUUAGCACUAAUUACAGUAGAUGGUCCCCAAGCUACUACAGAAGAAAGAAUAUCAUUGAGGCCACCAAUGUUGCAGGUAGUACGAUUGGCUUCAUUUCAGCAUGCUCCUUCAGUGCCACCUUUCUUAUCAUUGCCAAAACAAUCUAGAGUUGACACCGAUGACUCUUGGAUGGGAAGGGAAGCAGAAGAGAGAAAGGCUAGUGAGGUGGCUGUUGGUGGUGGGGGUGUCUCUGUGGCAGUAACUCGUUUUCCGAUGGAGCAGAAACGCCCGAUUGGACCUCUUGUUGUGGUAGGCGUCAGAGAUGGAGUUCUUUGGCUAAUUGACAGGUACAUGUUCGCUCAUGCCUUAUCCUUGAGUCAUCCUGGUAUUCGUUGCCGAUGUCUUGCUGCUUAUGGCGAUGCUGUUAGUGCAGUAAAGUGGGCAAGUAGGCUUGGGAGAGAACAUCAUGAUGAUUUAGCACAAUUUUUGCUAGGAAUGGGCUAUGCCAAUGAAGCACUUCAUUUACCUGGAAUAUCCAAGAGGUUGGAGUUCGAUUUGGCAAUGAAGAGCAAUGAUUUGAAGAGAGCUCUCCAGUGUCUUCUUAACUACUGGUCUUGGUUUGAAUGACAUUCUUAAUUUAUCUGACAAGAAACAAGAUGUCGUUGAAGGUGUUCAGGGUAUAGUGAAAUUUGCAAGAGAGUUCUUGGAUCUUAUUGAUGCUGCAGAUGCUACUGCACAGGGUGAAAUUGCUCGUGAAGCUCUCAAGAGGCUAGCUGCAGCUGCUUCAGUGAAAGGUGCUUUACAAGGUCAUGAGUUGAGAGGAAUGGCAUUACGCCUUGCAAAUCAUGGGGAAUUGACUCGGCUAAGUGGUUUGGUAAACAACUUAAUCACACUUGGGUUGGGACGGGAAGCUGCAUUUGCUGCUGCUGUUUUGGGAGACAAUGCUCUAAUGGAGAAAGCAUGGCAGGAUACUGGCAUGCUGGCUGAGGCCGUGCUACAUGCUCAUGCACACGGACGUCCAACGUUGAAGAACUUGGUUCAGGCCUGGAACCAAAUGCUACAAAGAGAGGUUGAGCCUACCCCGUCACAGAAGACAGAUGCUACAGCUGCAUUUUUAGCUUCUCUUGAGGAGCCUAAGCUUACAAGUUUGAAGGAAGCAGGGAAGAAACCACCCAUCGAAAUCCUACCUCCAGGGAUGAUGUCUCUUGAUGCUCCUAUAUCAAUCCAGAAAAAACCAGCUGCUGCUGCUGCCCAGAAUUCAUUAACACCACCGGGAAAGCCAUUGGCACUUGAAGCACCUCCCACAACCACAGCAACGCCAGAGGGUGCUACGCAGCAGCCUGAUUCCACACAGCAGCCUGAUUCCACACAGCAAUCUGAAUCCACACAGCAAUCUGAGUCGACACCUCCUGCCCCAGUUAGUGAUCAACCUCCAUCAGAAUCUACAUCAGAAUCCACGCCAGCUCCAGAGGCCGCUCCACCUGAGCCAGAGUCAGGUGAAACCAAGGUCGAUAAUGUAGCUCCUACCGCUGCGCCAGUCUCUGCCACAAAUGCAACUGCUAGUGGGGAAACUGCUCAAGCCACACCUCCGAGCAAUCCAGCACCACCAGAGGCACCAUCACCGGUAGCAGAGGUGCCAUCACCACUAGCAGAGGCUCCUGAGACAAAUGUUUCUAUUACAGGACCUGUGAAUGAUCCAUUCUUGUGAUUGGUAUUCAACAUCACUACAGCGUGAGCACUUGGAAAUUGAAUUUAUUUACAAUUCAAGUUUUACCAUCUUUUGUAAAGAAACCAUUUUAGGUGUGAAUGAAAUCUAGUAUAAUUAAUUAGUUUGCAACAAAUUUACCCAACAAACGUGCUAUUAUACCGAGAAUUUUUUUUUUUUCCAUUUUCCCUGUACUAUUCUCGAUUUUUGUAGAUGAGUUUACCAAGAUUAAGUGUUGUAUACUUGUAUCACAUUCUUU